GGAAAUGGUGGACUGUGUCCGGUCAAACUAGCCAGUGGUCGUUCGUUUUGUUUAAAGGAGUUCUGGAAUAUCCACUUCAAUCGCUGUACACGGAGUCACAGGGGACGGGAUACGUUGGUCGUAGGUGGACAUGUCGCAAUCAGCAACCAUGCAGUCGGUUGCGAAGGUCGUGUUCCCGAGUUUACUCUUCGUCAUCAUGUGGGUGCUGAUGACGAUGGAGAAGGUGACACUGGUGUGGACGCUCAGGAUACUCCGACACGCUGACGUGUCAUUUGAAGCGGGGUAUUUCACUGUGGGACUUCUCAUCCUGUUCCCGUACGUGUUCUCAAUGUUCGAGAUGCUAUGGAACAUCUCCUUCCUCACUGUGGCAAAAGAAACGCAGUUACCUCCCUUGAAGAAUCUCGUUUUGGGUAUAACGGCUUGCAUCGUGGAAAGCGCAUGCGUAGUUGUGUUUACCACCGUUGUUGCUACUGUGCUUCCGGUGUUCAUCAUAUUGCCGGCGAUGAGUGGCGUCUUCUCAAUCUCAAUCAUCAUGAAUGACAUCAAGAAGACUGAUGACGAAGGCGGAGAGUCUAAAGGAUCCCGAUGCUUCCGUAGGAGAGCUAUCGGAGGGAUAUACACAGUUAUCGCCCCUAGCAUGGCGGCCGGAGUUCUUUGGUUCUAUGGAGUUCUUGGCUGGCUCCAGGCUAUCAGCAUGGGUGUAUCAACUCUUGGACUGGCCAUUGUGUGGACGUCAUCGGUUCAGACCCAGAUUCAGACAACAAGCCUUGGGUUCACUCCACACCCUAAGAGGGUUCAACUAUUCUAUGGGUUUCUAAGGACUAUCUUUGUGAUCGUGUUCCUAGCACUUGAAGUCUUCCUCAGGACCUCGGACUCCAGCGUGCAGGAGAUGCUGACACAGUUCAGAGAUAACUUCUCAGGGGUGCUGUCCUAUAAGUUGAUGCUACCUCUUGGACUAAACAUGAUGGCGGGGCUCUUUGCCCAUGGAUUCACGUACCUCUCUGUUGCGUUUUGUCAGCCUCUUGCAGGGAUGGUCCUUCCAUCGCUCCUGUCAACAGUAACGGCCAUAUUGCUGAGCGUGGGAGUGCUUGCACCUUAUGUAUACUUGGCUGAGGAGGUUCAGGAUUUCGGCGGGACAACCCCUCUUCUCAUCGCAAGUGGAAUCCUUGCCAUAUCCUGGGCAGUUCCGUACAUCAUCAGGACGUCAGAGUUUGUGAGGAAGCCAUCUUCUUUAUACAUACCCUUUGAGACAAUGUUUCUCUCCUACGGAUGGAGCAGUGUGUUCUUUGACCAGCACCUUCUCUUAUCGUACCGUCAUGAUGGAUUUGACAGAGCAUUUACCUUAGGCAAGAAUGCUGGAAAGACAAGCAGGAUCUAUGUCUGUACGACAAUGUACAGAGAAGCUGAUUACGAGACGGAAAGACUGCUCUACAGUCUGAGAGGGCUGAGUUUGUCUGAGAAAUUCACUCAAUGUUUACUAGAGGCUCACAUAUUCAUGGAUAAUGGCGUCCGGGGGAGGGAACUUCAAGAGUUUGGUCAACAACUUAUUGGUUUAUUGGUCCAGAAACUUGGUAUGGAUAUAGAACAUGCUAAGACAAUAGAGACACCGUAUGGGGUACAGCUGAGAUGGACCUUCCCUGGGGGGAUGCCUGUAUUUGUACAUUUUAAAGAUCCUGGCAAGGUGAAACCAAAGAAGAGAUGGAGCCAGUGUAUGUACAUAAACUACGUCAUGAAAUACAGAAAGAUCAUCGGGGAGAAGAACUGUCAGAACAUGAAACUCACCAAGUCACCCACAAGCGAAACUUUAGCUUCCAACGAUUCUACUUACGAUGCUGAUCCUGUCAAAUCCAACAGCUUCGUUCUGAAAGAGUUCAACAAGACGAUGGAGUCAUUAUACCCCGGACUUGAUAGAUACACAAAGACAGACCACAUGGACAGCGAUGACCAAGGUUUUGCCUCAGUCGACGAAUCUUCCCCUCCCAUAAGCCAUAGCAGCUCACAAGCUAGGCUGGACACCGAAAGCACCGACUCUAACUCUGUGGAUCUUGACCAGAAAGAUGAGCCUCGGAAAGGAGUCUUUAAUCUUGGAUUUACUGACGAUAACGGAAAAUCAUUUCCUAUCAAGGGAGGUCAACCUGGCGUAACUUCCGGUGCAGGAUUCAUCCCAGAAGGAAGAAAAUUGGACGGAGAACGUGACCCCUGGUCAAAGGAAGGAGGUCAAAUCAGAGUUAACCUGGACACCGAGUAUGAUGAUGACCACACCUACAUCCUUGCUACUGAUGCUGACAUGGAGUUUAAAGAUGAUGCGGUCCUGGAGUUACUUCACCUUUGUAACAGUGACAACCGACUAGGGGGCGCUUGUGGACGAACACAUCCAGUUGGGAAGCAUGUCAGUUCCAUUGUAUGGCAUCAGAAGUUUGAAUAUGCAAAAGAUUUCUGGAUGAUCAAGAAUGCCCAAAAUGUUAUCGGCUCGGUGAUGUGCGCGCCUGGGUGCUUCAGCCUGUAUCGUGCUAGCGCCAUCAAUGACGUCAUGAAGAAAUAUGCCACACCCACACAGACCCCGUUCACUGUAUAUGUCAAGGACACAGGCGAGGACAGAUGGAUGGCCACACUGAUGAUGAUCAACGGAUGGCGUCUUCGCUUCUCCGCCUUCGCCGACAACACCACCUACUGCCCCGACACAUUCGAGGAAUUCUUCAAACAACGACGUCGUUGGAUCCUCUCCGACAUCGCCAACGCCCUCCUCGUGGUCCAGAACCUUGUACGCCUCGUCCGCAACAACGACUGCUUUACCUUCGUCUACGUCAGCUACCUCGUCAACAUGUUCGUCAACAACGUCAUCACACCCGGCACCGCUAUUGUCAUGAUCACUGCUGGUCUGGAGCUGGUGUUCGACGUCCCCUACAUAUACACGACUGUGCCCAUGGCUGUUAUUGUAUACGCCUAUGCAAUAUUCUGCACCAAGGCCAGCACUCGAUGGCAGACCAUUGCGACAUCGGUGUUGACCUUCUUUAUGGGAAUAGUGUUCUUUGCGGUUGCAGUCUGGGGGUCGUAUAAGAUCGUUGCUACAAUGGUCAACGAAAUAUUCAUCGGUCACUUCCGGUUUCAACAACAUUACGUCAUUCUGAUGUUGACCCUGAGUCUGGUAUACGCCGCUCUGGCCCAUCCCAGGGAAAGCUACCAGAUUGUGUAUGGCUUCGCCUACCUCUUCAUCUUCCCCGCCAUGCACGUCCUUCUUCCCAUCUACAGCAUCGCCAACAUCAUCGACCAGAGUUGGGGCACCCGAGACUCGACGAAGGCUAAAAUACCGAAACUGACUUGUCUGGCGCCCUUGAAGAAGUUCAGAAGGAAGAAGAAAAACAAAGGUGGACGGAACGAGGAUGACAAUGAACUUUUGAAAGAAACUGUGGCUUCACAAAUUACCAACAUGACGGACGGAAAUGAAGAAGACCGGAACGAAAAUGCAUUCUGGGAAAACCUGCGCGGUUCUCUUCUCGGAAAUGACGUCAACCUUGGACUAGAGAAAGAGGAGCUGGCAGAACGCUUGCGGAUAAUGAGGAAUAGAAGCUUGACGGCCGUGUUGGUCAUAAACGCUUUAUGGCUGGCCCUUCUGUCGUUUUUCUACAUGGGAGUGUCAUCGCCUCUGUCCCGUCUUAACGUCUAUGGCGUCAUUAGUGGCGCCCUUUAUGGUUUCACUUUGACGAUACAAGUUAUCGGACUUACAGUGUGCAGAGUGAACUAUCUACUCCGCAAGCUCGCGAGGUGUUUAUACGGUGACGUCCGGCCGAUGUGGGUAUGUGAGAAGAAGUGAAUAGUCGAUGGACAUAAUUCACCUGUCCUUUGUUGUCCAUAUAUUUAAGAAUUUUUUCUUAAACUGAGGACAUAAUGGACAUCCUUACUGGUCCUGAAAAAAUGGACAUUGUGUAUAUGGUCUGUGUAAAUGGUCAAACGGUAAAUCAAAAAUCAAACUGUCUUUCGCUGGACUUACGGAAACUAAUCCUAGAUACGCCCACAGCUAUCUGACCGUGUGUACGUCCGUACGGGACCGUCUUGUCUAACUGUAUUGUUAAAGUGUUCUUAGGGGUGUUGUAACAGCUGACGACAUCCAAAAACUUAAUGACCUUAAAAUGGCAAACGAUUCGUGGGUCUAAAUGGUCCUAAGGUUCAGUAUAUUGAAAAGGAACUAUGAAUAAUAUACAUUGUAUUAUAAAGAUAAGUGUUAUUCCAUCAAUUAGAUAUUAACCUCUGCCACGAGGAAAUAUAUGUAAUAUUGUUUGUUUGUUGUUUAACGCCGCACUCAGCAAUUAACUAUGAGUCUUAUAUUAACAGUAUGUUUUUAUUUCAAAAAAGCAAAACAAACAAAAGUCAUGAAAAGUAAAUUUUUGGAGACCCAAACACUUAGACAUUUUGCUAGAAAUACAUUUGGUCCAACAAGUUAAUCUUCUAAUCGGUUAAAGUCAUUUUUGAUAAAUAUAAUAUACUGAAGUCAGGGAUCAUGAAUAUGUUUUGGGUUUAUUUUUAUGAUAUUGUGUCCUCAGUCUUCACAAUAAAAAAUAUCCCCCAAAACUUCAUGACUCCUAACACUUUCUGUUCAGUUGAUGUUGAUGGUGAUGAUGAGUACAAUGAUGAUGAUACUGUCUAUAAUACUGUAUAUACUAGCUGUAUUUGUAUUUAUAUAAUUGUACAUUUUUAUAAUAAAUAUGAUAACCAA